CAUUAGAAGAAGUCUUGGCUAGUUAUGGCUACCCUCGCUCUCCCUCUCUCCCUCAGUCCACCGCAGAACCUCAACAAACCAACAAACCUCAAUUAGUAAUCAAAGUUAACGAGGAGGGUGUGGCCUCUACUGACCCUAAACCACACCCCCCAAAACUAAUUCAUGUACCUCCUGAAGUCCCAACGCCCGUUAGGCCGAAUUUCGAACCGUUGCCACAGCAACAAGAGGAACCGGGCAUGUCGGGAGAAGAGGAUGAAGGGGAUGUCCCCCCGGCCUCAUCGGAGGAUAAACUUGAUUCUGUUUCCAGUCAGUCCGGUUCUAAGAGCCCGUGGUUUCGUCCUGGAGCUAAUCCAGAGGCGCUGGCUAGACUCAGACCGGUUCCUGAGCGUAGGAGUAUAAGGAUGGGCGGGGCAGGGGGCGGGGCUAACAGUAGCGCUGUUGAUAAUGCAUUUAAGGUGUGGCUAGCUAGUGAUGCUAAUUCUGGUGGUAACGAUGACUCAUCAAAUGAUGACAGUGAUGAGGAGUAUUACGUGUCAAACGACUGGAAGAAAUACAUUAUGAUUGGCAAUGACUAUCAAGCAAGGAUCCCAUCAACACUCUUACCCUUACCUUCAAAAAAAGGUAACCACGGGCAACUCCUGUGGAAUCCCUCCCAGUUAGAUGAUAGCACUGUUUCUAGCUACCUCAGUUCAGUUUCUGAGGUUAUACACUCAAGAGAAGGACUACCCGGAGCUCCAGUGGAGAGAGACAACGAAGACGCUUUAUGUCUAUUAGUUAAUAGUCAAUAUGACAUUGAUAAAGCUUUAAAUAAGUACAGAGAAGGAGCUUUCGAUUGUAAAGGUAUGUCUCCUUGGACUGAGGAAGAAUGUAGGAAAUUUGAAAUAGGGCUACGAACAAUCGGAAAAGACUUUUUUCAAUUACAGAAACAAGUACCAACUAGGACUGUGAAAGAAGUCGUCGAGUUUUAUUACUUAUGGAAGAAAACGGAGCGAUAUGACAUAUUCUCCACCCAACAGUCAAAAAACAGCAAGAAAUACUCGUUAAGACCUGGAUACAUUUCCGAUUUCAUGGAUGAUUUUCUUGAACCUCCUGAUCCUGAUUUCCCUGACCUUCACUAUGGCACAACGACAAUGGCAGCCGAAAUUAAGAAAGACAGAUCUCAGCAUCUGCUUGACAGCAGACUGAGGGAUAAUCUCCAAAAAACUGUCACAGCAAAAAGUUCGUAGCUUCUCUUUUCGCUUUAUUUCUUAUUUUUCUUCCUCUUCAUUUGCAAGGACACAGAUUUUAUAUUAUAUAUUAUUAUUAUAUCAUUUUAUGCAUGCAGAGAAAAUUACCUAUCAUUAUUAUUAUUAUUAUUAUUAUUAUUAUUAUUACUAUUACUACUACUAUUAUUAUUAUUAUUCAAAAUACUAUUGAUAAAAUUAUGAUAAUUACUAUUAUUAUAUUUAAUUUAUUUUUCACUGACUUCCAAUUCAGUUAUAAUUUACUUGAGUU